CCGACUAAAUUAACAGAAAACCCCCUGAAAAAAAAUUCAGUCGCCAGACAAGUCCUAAUCUCGCCGGAACCUCCAACUCCGGCGAGGGAAGUCGACAAAAAUCCCUCCUUUGAGAUUCUUCCUACCAGCCACCCGACUUCACCCUGACCUGUACGGGCUUAUAGCAUAAUCCGGCGGCCCUUGCCGGAAGGUGGUGUGGAGGGGUUUCUUCUUAUCCGCUCGGGCUGAAGUCUACGCCGAAACCUCGAGUGGCAUGAUGGGGUUUUCCCUCUACGCCAUGGAGACAUCAACGCGCCUUCUGUGGAGCACCAGCUUCUUCCGCCACAAGUUCUUCUCCCUCUUCGUUUUCUCCUGCUAAGCCGAUCGACAGAUCCCCUUCGAUCUAUCCAACUAGGUUGGGAUCCAAGGGAGGGAGAAAUCAGACGCGUAGUAUUUUUUUUUUCUAGUCGUAUUUGUUCAAUUCAGAUCCGAUCUGUUGAUCGUUUAGGAUCUGAGAAGAGAGGAUGGAUUCUAGUCCCCAUCUGAUAUUUGAUUCCUCUUUGUCAUCCACUCGCGCACGGCUGCUCGUGUUGGGCGAUGGGAACUCCAUCUUCCGAGGGUUGAGGUCGGCGGAGGAGCGCGGCGCUACCAAGAGGCCGUUCUUCACAUCACCGGAUGAGAUUUACGAGGAGGAAUACUACGAGGAGCAGCUGCCGGAGAAGAAGCGCCGCCUAACGCCAGAUCAGGUAAAUUUAUUGGAACGUAGCUUCGAGGAGGAGAACAAGUUGGAGCCUGAGCGAAAGAGCGAACUGGCUCGAAAGCUAGGCAUGCAACCGAGGCAAGUUGCAGUGUGGUUCCAGAACCGGCGUGCAAGGUGGAAGAACAAGCAACUCGAGCAGGAUUUUGAUCGGCUCAAGUCCUCAUAUGAGUCACUCCUUGCUGAUCAUGCUGCCCUCUUCAAGGACAACGAGGGAUUGCGGUUGGAGGUGAAAUCACUGCUUGAAAAGCUAGAAGCAAAGCAGGGUGCUCCUCUGAUCGCUAGUCUGAAGUUGGAUGGCCAGGUAACAUCAACUGCUGAUCUAGUGUCUCAGAAAAUCCCUCAGAAGUUGGAGGAUAUGCGGAGCCCUGGAAGUGGUGGGAGCACAGUGGUUGAGAUGGAGGGUGCAAACCAUCUGGUGGAGAGCAGUCGAGAAUCUUUUCUUGUGGAGGGCUACCACUGUGAAGGACUGGUUCAUGGCGAGAUGCAUUCUGAGGAGGAGGACUUGAGUGAUGAGGGCUGUAGCUACUAUCCUGAUGCGUUCAUUGAGCACCACAAUCAGGAUUGGUUCUGGAACUGAAGUCCUUGUGGAAAUAAGUUGCAGCCUUGGAUAGUUGGAUACUGCAUUCUGCUGCUGCUGCAUCUUCCUUUCUAGCUUGUCUAAAUGUUUGAUAGCGUUGUAGAAUAUGUACUUAUUGUUCGAGUUUGGUGAAACGCAUGAGAUCAUAUCUAAUGGUUUGAAUAAAUGCUUAGUGGAGAAAGAUUGCCUGUUUGACUUAA